AUGCACGCGGCCGCGACGCGCGCGCGCGCGACCCCGGUCGCGGUGCGAUAUCGCGUCGCGCCCCGCGCGCGAGGAUGCGAACAGUGGCGCGCGCGCGCGUCGUUGGCGGACGCGGUCGAGCGAGGAGAGCGGGACGAAAAAGCCGAGCGCGCGUCGAGUCGUCAUCGCGAGUGGCGUUGGCUCUCGCCGCUUCUGGACGCGCGCGGCGUCGAGGGAAGCGCGCUGAAGUGCGAGCGGGACGCGCGCCCUGACGUCGCCCUCGGCGUGCGCGUCGUGACGCCGCACUGGAGCUCCGAAGACGACGACGACGACGACGACGCGUCCUCGUCCUCGUCCUCGUCGUCGUCGUCGCCGUCGUCGUCGUCGUCGUCGGGCGCGACGUCCAACGCGCGGCACCCGGUCAUACGCGCGCUCCUCCAGCGCAAGCGCGAAGGCAGCCGCCCGGGGCAUCGCACCGACGGCAUGCGAAUCGGUCUCGCCGUGGAGGGCGGCGGCAUGCGCGGCGUCGUCUCCGCCGCGCAGUGCGGCGAGCUCCUUCGCAUGGGGUACUGGGACUGCUUCGACGCGGCGUACGGCUCGAGCGCGGGGGCGAUGAACCUGACGUACUACCUCGCGAAGCAGCCCGAGGGCGUGGCGGCGUACGAGGAAGAUCUCGUCUCCGGGGAGUUCCUCUCGCUCGCGAGGCUCGGGUCGAGGGCGAACUUUCGGCGGCGACGCGAGCGGAGGGGCACGCGCACGUUUGAAGAAAACAAUCCGUCGUCGGCGUCGGCGCCGCCGCCCGCCGCCCACGCGUCCGCGUCCGCGUCCGGGUCCUUCGACGACGACGACGACGACGACGACGACGACGCGACGUACCUGCGCGCCGCGUCCGCGCCGGCGAUGGACAUCUCGUACCUCGUCGACGGCGUCAUGGACGGCAUAACCGACCGACCGUUGACGUGGGCCGCCGUGCUCGCCUCCGAGGUGCCGCUGAAGAUCGUCGCGACGUCGCUGGACGCGCUGUCGCCGGUGUUGUUGUCCCCGCCGUUCGAAGAUAUCGACGACCUGAAACGGUGCCUGAAAGCGAGCGCGUGGGUGCCCACCCUCGCGGGGAGCGAGCCGGUGCGUCACCGCGGGCAGAGGCUCGUGGACGCGGCGGUGAUGGAGCCGAUUCCGAUUCGCGCCGCCGCGUCCGACGGGUGCACGCACGUGCUGGUGCUGUGCACGCGGACGCUGCCGCCGCCCUCGGCGCCCGGAUCCGGAUCUUCUUCCGCGGCGACGACGACGACGCGCAUUCGCCGUCUCGACGAGCUGAGAUCCGCCGCGAAGGACGACGGCGUCGACCUCAUGGUGUCGCGCUUGAUGAAGUCGCUGUCGCGCGCGGCGUAUUUCGCCGUCCGCCGCGUGCUCCUGACGCCGCCGCACAUGCGCACGGCGUGGGGCGUGACCGACGAGCACGCGCGGAUAACCACGGAGCGCCGCGGGGAUUCGCUCGGGACGCUAGACGCCGCGCUCGUCAUCGCGAGGGACGACCCGGACGCCGCGAGGAGGAUGCGUCUGUUCGGCGACGGCGACGACGGCGGACGCGGACCCGAGGUUUUCGCGAUCGCGCCCGAGGACGACCUCAAGGAGACGCUCCCGGGGUCGCUGUGCGUGGAUUCGGACGUUCUGAAGGUUGGGAAUCGCGUCGGCGUGGAGGCGGUGUUUAAGCUGCUGAGCGCCGCGGAGGCGGCCGCGGGCGAGGACGCGGGGAGCGCGGCGCCGAGGCCGAGCGUCUCAGGUAGGUUUCCGUAGGAUUUACACAACAAGCUAGAGUGAGUAAGUUAACACGCGCUCAGCGACCGGUGAGGUACCCGAACACCUUCGCGUCGUCGUCGCCCUUCUUCGUGAGGAAUUUGAACACGUCGCCGUCGUAAUUUGCCGACGGUGGUGCUGGCGGCGAAGUGUCCUCGUCGUCCUUCUUCCACCCGAACCUGAUCGUCAAGUGGUUCCAAAAGAAGAUGUAGUCUCCGAACUUCCAGUACGCGAACACGAUCGCGGCCAGCACCAACGCGAGGAUCGUCCAUUUGUUACACCAACUCGACCUCGGCUCGUCAUCAUCCCUCUCCAGCAGCCGCUCGCUCUCCCCGGCCGCUGCCAUCCCGCCGCCGCGCGUCGUCGUCGUCUGCCUGAAUCCCGUCCACGGACCGCUCUGCGCGGCGCCCUCCUCCCCCGGGAAGUGCCCCGCCCCCGUCCGCGUCGUCCGCGUAGUCGUCUUCGCCGUGCGCGAGAACGACCGCGUCGCCAUACGUUAUCACCG